GCUUCUAAACCAGUUAUAAAUACAUAGGUAAAACCAUGAGGGAAACAUUGACUUAAUCAUCCCUACCAAAAGUCAUUAUACUUCCAGUUAGGGUAUAAAUGAAGCUAUUUCAAGACCUUUCAAGUCUCCAGACAUUUACCUCCGGCGCUCAACUCAGGAUUUUGUUGGUUUGGGUUUGGGGGCCGACGCAACCGCGAGGCGACUAUUCAAUUUUAGACGUUUGACGUCUCGAGUUGUUCGAAGCUCAACUAAAAGGCGUUGGCAGGUGCAGCGAAUGCAAUGGAAACUUGCGGCACGCAUAUGUGGCACAAGGAAAGAAGGAGCGGGAUGAGGAGAAGAUGCAUUGGUUUAAAGAUAGCAGCUGGGUGGGAUUAGAAGGACUAGGCACCUCAGGCCAAGAAAGUUAUGACAGGCCAGGCUGAGGCAGAAACCUCGAAGGAUUAGGGCCACAACACUCGACUCAGUUGCAAUAGAAGAACCUAGAUUUUUGCCAGAGAAAGACGCACUAGCGGAAAAGAGUCAUCAUGUUGGGAAUAGCCUGCGAUCCGCUCCAGCACACGAGCAUGUACGAACGCGGCUCAGAUGAUAGCGAAGAUAGCGAUGGAGAGGGCGGCCUGGGAAACGUUUCCCGGGUUAUCAUCCGACCGCCCGGUCAAAGUGGAAAGGCCAAGAGAGGUCAUCUCUGUUUCGAUGCGGCAUUCGAAACAGGAAACCUCGGAAAAGCGGAGCUGGUGGGCGAAUUCGAGUACGAUUUGUUUCUGAGACCAGACACCUGUAAUCCGCGCUUUCGCUUCUGGUUCAACUUCACCGUGGAUAAUGUGAAACAAGAUCAGCGAGUGCUCUUCCAUAUUGUAAACAUCAGCAAGAGCAGGAAUCUGUUUUCAUCGGGACUGACUCCAUUGGUGAAAAGUUCCAGCCGACCAAAAUGGCAGAGGUUGUCCAAGCGGCAAGUGUUCUUCUACCGAUCGGCCAUGCAUCAAGGACAUUAUGUGCUGAGUUUUGCUUUCAUUUUCGACAAGGAGGAGGAUGUCUAUCAGUUUGCAUUGGCCUGGCCAUAUAGUUACUCCCGUUUGCAGUCGUAUUUGAAUGUAAUUGAUGCCAGACAGGGAGCAGAUAAGCGGUUCACUCGAUGUGUGCUUAUAAAAUCGUUGCAAAAUCGCAAUGUGGACCUGCUGACCAUCGACCAUGUGACCUGCAAACAGCGCUCUACAAAUCGUUUGGAUCGCAGCUUUAUCCGGGUGAUUGUUAUCCUUUGCAGGACGCAUUCGAGCGAAGCUCCGGCAUCCCAUGUGUGCCAGGGUUUAAUAGAGUUCCUUGUGGGCAAUCACCCCAUUGCCGGCGUCUUGAGGGAGAACUUCGUCUUCAAGAUUGUGCCCAUGGUGAAUCCGGACGGGGUGUUCCUGGGCAACAAUCGAUGCAAUCUGAUGGGUCAGGACAUGAAUCGCAACUGGCACAUUGGAUCGGAGUUCACGCAGCCGGAACUGCAUGCGGUAAAGGGCAUGCUAAAGGAGUUGGAUAAUUCGGAUACCUAUCAGAUUGACUUUGUGAUCGAUCUGCACGCCAAUAGCAGCAUGCAUGGCUGCUUUAUUUACGGGAACACCUACGAGGAUGUGUACAGGUACGAGAGGCACCUGGUAUUCCCGCGGCUCUUCGCCAGCAAUGCUCCGGAUUACGUGGCGGACCACACGAUGUUCAAUGCGGAUGAACGAAAGGCGGGCAGUAUGCGGAGAUUCAGUUGCGAGAGACUCAGUGAUACGGUGAAUGCCUACACCUUGGAGGUCUCCAUGGCGGGUCACUACCUCAAAGAUGGAAAGACUAUAUCUCUGUACAACGAGGACGGAUACUACCGCGUUGGCAGAAACCUGGCGAGGACACUGCUGCAGUACUACCGCUUCAUCAACAUCCUGCCCAUGCCGAUAGUGACUGAGGUGCGGGGCAAACGACGGGGGCGAAACCGCCAUGCCCACCACUCUAGAUCUCGCUCGAAAACCCGCUACGAGGUGAAGCCCCGACCCAAAACCCCGCGAUGCCACGCCCCCAUUGCCUACACAAACCUCAGUAUCUGCUACGAUUCAGGGGGCGGUGGAGGUGGAUCCUCGGACGAGGGAGGAUUCUCACCCGCUCGACCUUUGGCCCCCGGGAGCAGCAGUUUCAGUGGAUAUAGAAAUUAUAGGAGGGCUGCCACAGCAAGUUGCUCCCAACAUCCUGGGCACGAUCAGUAUUCCCCCUUCGCUUUGGGAGCCCUGAAAACGGGUAGUGACCAUGGAGGAGGCGGAGGCGCAGGAGGUGGUGUCAAAAGCAAGAGAUCGGCAGCGGUCACUAUCGAAGUUCCUCUGCCCGUAAAUGUACCUCCCAAACCAUAUCUCUCCAUCAUCGAUUUGAAUCAACUGACCAGGGGAAGCCUUAAACUCAAGUCCAACAGUUUUGAUGCCGCCGACAGAAGAUAGGAUGAGUGGUGAUUUGGUAAAGGGUUAGUGAUCUCGAUCGUUAAGGAUGCGUUAACUUAGGGUGCUAAGUUGUUUUAGAUAUAAUCAAGUCUUUUCUAUGCUUCUUGCUUGUUUUUCUAAAUAAAAAGUUAUAACAAUGAACAAAAAAAAUUGUAAUUUACAAUUGUAAUUUGAUGUUGGUAGGAUCAAAAUCAAUAAGUAGUUUUUCAUUGUUUAUUCUACAACUUUGAAUGUAAGAUUCAAGUCUUAAGGCAUAUAAAUUUUAUAUUUUUUUAAUAUUAAAUGAUUUUCAAUAGCUUAAUUGAUAUUUUCAGUUUCAGAGAUUUCGAUGUUUUUUAAAAACUAGUGAAAUUGCGUAAAAAUACGUAGAAGAAAACUAAGAUAUUAUUUGUAAUUUACUAACAGAUCGGCUUACUGAAAGAAAAUAAAUCUUUUGCAAUAUUUAAACAGUAAAUCGAUUUACAACAGUCAAAACCAUAAUCCCACUGCAUUGAGUUCUGUUUAUAAAUAAAUUUUUUCUCUUUAUAAGUUCAGCAUCUGAGUCCUCAAAUUCUUCGAAUUCCUUUCAAUCGAUUACAAAUAUUAUUAAACAAAUGAGUGUCCUUAUAAAGGUAUUCAGGGUUCUGAUCUCUGAAAGCUAACACAAAAUGUAUGAAUUUUUUGGUUUCAUUUGAUAAGAAUUCUCGCUUGUAAAUAUACUUUUAAGAUUAAAAAUUAUAAGUGUCCUUGAGUAAACAUUAUUGUUUUGUCCAAUUAUUGUUGUAGUCCAAUUAGAAUCAAUUCACCCCCUCUCCUUUAUAUCCUUCUUCUAAACAAACAGUUAUGCGACAACUUUCCACUCAGAAGAGCGAAGGGCAACAAGUCGCGCGAUUGAGCAACACUUUUGAGUGAUUUGGCUUAUCUAUGGAAGCUUUGUUGUUGCCUGUUCGCAAUUUGGCUCGAGACCAAAAAAAUAACAGAUUUCGCUCAUUUGGCGACAUGUGAGUUUUUUAUCACACAUUUUAAAUGCGGUUAUUCACUGUUUUGUACAUAUGUAAAUAUAGCAAACAAAGAACCGUAAUGAAAUUGAGUGUGACUGAAUUUCACUCGCAGCGCACGUGAGUGUAAAAGUGCCUUUGUCAAUCACUCAGCGCUAAGCAGAUGGAUUAGCGGUCUUUUUUAUCUUAUCUUUUAUCAAACACGAUAUUAUUAUAACCUCCAUGGAAAUGGAAAUGCAGUAUACAGCAGAC